GGUGUAAUACGAUCAGUGUCCUGCAGGCGGCAGUAAUGAAACGAAGCGUGUGCGCUGACGGCGCUGUUGAAGAAGAAACUCGAGCAGUUGAAAAUAUGUUAUCACAUAUCAAAUAUUGAAAUAAGUUAAAUAAUUGUAUCGUGUUCCGCGUGUGUGAAGCGGUGUGUUCUCCUUAUUAACACACGGAUCUGAUCGGGACUCAAGAAGGUCGCCGGGUUGAGUUUGUACAAUGUCUGUUGUUUUCGUGCCUAAACGGCAGCGCGGAAGAGCCCAAAUUAACCAGGAGACGAUUCAGAGAUUGUUGGAUGAGAAUGAUCAGCUGGUCAGAUGCAUCACAGAGUACAUGCAGAAGGGUCGAGCUACAGACUGUGUUCAAUAUCAACAGAUUCUGCAUCGGAACAUUGUGUACUUGGGUACACUAGCAGAUGCCAGCACGGAAAUCCUGCCUGAUAAUAAUAAUACUUCUUAUGAAACAAACCCACCGGCAGAGACUAAAGACACGUCAGAUGUGACCGAUCAAGGCGAAUCAUCAAACUGGUGAUUUUCUUUGCUGUACAUAAUUCAGGUCUUUGAUUUGUUAUUGUAAACAUGUAUAAAGAGACCAUAAACGUUUAUGUAAUAGGUUUGAAUUUUUACAUUCAAGAUUCUUCUUUUCACUAAACAAGGUACAGCGAAAGUAGAGACAUUUUUCUUUCAAGUAUACUAUCAAUAUAUUUAUAUAUUAUAUUUAAACGCUUUAUAUAUAUAUAUAUAAAUAUUAUAUAAAGAGUGAGGAAAUACAAGAUUUUUUAUUAUGCUGUUGAAGGAUGUAUGUCUUUUUGAAAUACAAUUUAUUUGUUUAUUUUAUGUUUUUUUAUUUAGCAGAACACAAGUGUUAAUGUAUUUUUAUCAUUUCUGAGCUCUCUGUGAACUUUUUCUCUUCUACAGACUCUCACUGUCUGCUCACCCUGUGUUUCCAUUUAUAAAAAAAUUACUUUUA